AUGGCAGACGAUGGUUCGCAGAAUUCAGCUGCUUUUGAACUCACGACAGAUGCCACAAAGCAACCGACUAGACACCAAAAUGAGUCCGAGGAUACAGACAGAUAUUUUGGUUUCCAAGACGAGUCCCGUAGAGUGUCGCUUAACCUCGAUGACUCCACGCGGGCAGAGUAUGAUCAGCUAACGCAAACUGCUGCUGAACUGUUAACGGCAAGACUGACAGACAUGGACGAUCUAACGUUCAAACGUAAACAACCAGGACAUUCAUCCAGCAGCCGUCUAUUCUCUCGGUCGGAUAGAUUUCCCAGUAGUGAACCGCUUGCUUUGAAGGGUGGUCAUAUUUCGACUACGUUGAGAAAACAUGACGAUGGAGAAUUCGAUGGUGACUUGGUGGAUUGGACUAUGGAAGGGACUGGAAGGAGAGUGGCAUACGAUGAUUUUACUACAAUAGACUGGAUUCAUGAUUUCGCCAAAGAACGUGUUCGACAAAGAAAGCUGCGUUCCCGUAAAAGUUGGAAAGGGCGAUUGGCGUUGAUCUUUGAUGCGACAGAAGGUUGGAUUGUCGUCUUACUAGUAGGUAUCGUUGCAGGAAUUUUGGCUGGAAUAAUCGGCGUAACAUCCGAGUGGUUGAGCGACAUUAAGGAAGGCUACUGCAGUACCGCGUUCUAUCUUAAUAGGAAAUUCUGUUGCUGGGAAUUAGAUGAUGCAUGUGCUGACUGGGUUCCGUGGAAUGAAGCUCUCCAAGCGAAAUCAUCGCGUUCGAUAUUUUGGACUAAUUAUAUUUUUUAUAUAAUAUUUUCUACGGUGUUUGCUGGUGCUGCUGCGUACCUUGUAGACGUAUAUUCGCCUUAUGCUGCUGGCAGUGGUAUACCAGAAGUAAAAACUAUUCUGGGCGGAUUUGUUAUUCGAAAAUUUUUGGGCUGGUGGACUCUGCUUAUCAAAAGCAUUGGUGUGUGCCUCGUUGUUGCCUCAAAUCUUUGUUUAGGAAAAGAAGGUCCGUUAGUGCAUUUGGCAUGCUGCUGUGGUAAUAUCAUUCCUCGCGUUUUUUCUAAAUUCAGAUAUAACGAAGCCAAGAAGCGUGAAGUAUUAUCAGCGGCAGCAGCAGCAGGCGUUUCCGUGGCUUUUGGGGCUCCAAUAGGAGGUGUCCUAUUUAGCUUGGAGGAAGUGUCUUAUUACUUUCCCCUGAGAACGAUGUUUCGAAGUUUUUUCUGUGCCAUGGUUGCUGCAGUUUCUCUUGAAUUCUUGAAUCCAUUUAGAACGGGAAAGUUGGUGCUCUUCCAGGUAGUCUAUGACAGAGAAUGGCACAAUUUUGAAUUAAUUUUUUAUGUCUUGUUGGGAGUUAUAGGUGGCUUGUACGGAGCAUUUCUCAUUCGUGUCAACCUAAAAAUAGCAGCCUUUCGCAAAGAGACUUGGUUACGCUACAUCCCUGUACACGAAACCAUUGCUGUCGCACUGAUAACAUCGGUUAUUAGUUAUCUUAAUAUAUUCAUGAGAGUUAAUCCCUCUGAACUAGUUGCCAACUUACUUCGUGAGUGUGCUGGUGCAGAUUACCACGAUCUUUGCAAUCAUGAUAAUUUUCUAAGAACAUCCUUGUCACUCAUCAUUGCCGCCAUUCUCAAGUUUUUCAUAACAAGCAUAUGUUUUGGAAUGAGAGUACCAGCAGGCGUAUGGCUGCCAUCGAUGGCAAUUGGGGCAUGCUUUGGAAGAGCUGUUGGAUUAACCGUGCAGGCAUGGCAAAGAGCAUAUCCAGCAUUUUGGUUGUUUUCCUCUUGUCAGCCCGACGUUCCCUGUGUUACACCUGGAGUGUAUGCUCUGGUUGGAGCUGCUGCUGCUUUCGGUGGUGUUACCCGUAUGACUGUAUCGCUUGUAGUAAUAAUGUUCGAGUUGACAGGCGCCUUGACAUAUGUACUGCCGAUUAUGAUAGCAGUAAUGAUUAGCAAGUGGGUCGGGGAUGCAUUUGAUAAGGAAGGGGUAUAUGAUGCAUGGAUUCGCCUCAAUGGAUAUCCGUUUUUGGAUACAAAAGUCGAAUAUAUAUGGAAUACACUCGCUUCUCAGGUGAUGACCCGCGUUGAAGACUUGACAGUAAUUACUGCGACGGGCCAUACCAUACAUAGUUUAGACGAACUACUGCAAGACGUAGAUUACAAAGGCUUUCCUGUCAUCAAUAACGGCAGGGAACUCUUGCUAAUUGGCUAUAUUUCUCGUUCGGAAUUACGAUAUGCGUUGGACAAGGCUAGAAAGAAACAAGGCGCAUCUGCGUCAAGCCCUUGUUAUUUCUCUAGUAAUUUGCCCAUUCUUGAUUCGAUACGCUUUGUCGACUUUCGACCAUGGAUGGAUCAGGGGCUUCGCUAUAUUCUCGUCACCAAGAACGGCCGCAUUCUUGGCCUAAUCACAAAAAAGGACAUCUUACGACAUUUGGCUGUUAUGAUUUAUCCGAGAUUGUUGGAUGGUGAUGAUUCACAUGAGACUCAAAAUCUCAUGCGGUUGCCUGAGCGCAGAAUGUCCAGUUAUGUAGGAGAUUUCGGUAUCGACUGA